CACCGCACUGAGCGGAUCAGUCAGGUUCGCCCCACCGCCCCGAGCUGUAACCGGGGUCCGGGCGACGGGGAACAUGCUCCAGCGGGAAAGCAACAGCACCCGGGGAGACGUAUGACAGUAGCAAAAUAUGGCCCUCUGUUCGCACAGGUUUCCGAGCGAGCGACGUCUUAUAAACGAGUGAUCCAGCCGUGGCAGGAGAACAUAGCGAACCAUGUUGCUUUAAGUUUGGGCCUGUGUUUGGGGGAAGGCAGAGGGCCAGGCGGGCGGGCCGGCAUUUGCCACAAAGGGCAUCAGGCUUCCUUUGGCACAUUUUGAAGCCAUGGGCAACACAGCCACCAAGUUUCGUAAGGCUCUUGUGAGCGGGGACGAGGCUCUGGCCUGGCAGCUCUACGAGGGAAACCCACAGUUCAGGGACGGCCUUGACCCCAAUGCAUCGUAUGGAGAGCAGUACCAGCACAACACAGCUCUGCACUACGUCUGCCGCCACGCCAUGACACGAAUACUCAGGUCUUUCCUGUUCAGCAAAGAGGGGAACCCCAACAAGCGAAAUGUGCACAAUGAGACAUGCCUCCAUGUGCUUUGCCAAGGCCCACAGAUCCUGCUGCUGCCAGACGGGGCACUAUCACCAAGACUUGCUCGGCCCCAGAGAGAUGAGCAGCGGCGCACUGACUGCCUCCAGAUGAUUCUGAGCUGGACAGGAGCCAGGCUGGAGGGGGGCCAAUAUGAAAAGGCCAAUGUCAACGCCACUGACAACCACCACUGCACCUGCCUGCACUAUGCUGCCGCCGCAGGCAUGAGGAGCUGUGUGGAGCUGCUGAUCCAGAAUGAGGCAGACCUUUUUGUGGAAGAUGAGGACAAGUUGACUCCGUGCGAUCACGCCGAGCGGCACCACCACACGGACCUGGCUCUCAGCCUGGAGUCACAGAUGGUUUUCUCGUCCUCAUCUCAGCAGUCCAACACAGACACUCAAGCUGAAGGCAACCUGCUGCACUACAAAGAGCCUUUUGAGGGACUAAAGCUCCAGGACCUGCGUAAGCUGAAGGACAUGCUGAUUGUGGAAACGGCCGACAUGCUUCAAGCCCCUCUGUUCACCGCCGAGGCCCUUCUCCGAGCUCAUGACUGGGACCGGGAGAAACUCCUGGAAGCCUGGAUGUCUGAUGCGGAAGCCUGCUGCCAGCGCUCUGGUGUGGCCAUGCCCACUCCACCCCCGAGCGGAUACAACGCCUGGGACACUCUGCCCUCUCCACGCACCCCAAGGACCCCGCGCUCCCCCCUCACCCUCACCCUCACUUCACCCACUGACAGCUGCCUCACCCCUGGAGAUGAGAGCCUGGCUAUGUGUGGGAUCUGCCUUUGCUCGAUCUCAGUCUUUGAGGACCCAGUAGACAUGUCCUGUGGUCAUGAAUUCUGCAGAGCAUGCUGGGAAGAGUUUCUCAAUGUCAAAAUACAAGAAGGUGAUGCACACAAUAUCUUCUGCCCGGCAUAUGAGUGUUAUCAGUUGGUUCCAGUGCAUGUGAUUGAGAGUGUGGUGUCCAGAGAAAUGGACCAGCGAUAUCUUCAAUUUGACAUAAAGGCUUUUGUGGAGAACAACCCCUCGAUCCGCUGGUGUCCAGUGCCUCGCUGUGAGCGUGCCGUGCGACUGACCCGACCGGGCCCAGGGGACAACGAUCCACACAGCUUCCCCCUGCUGCCGUCCCCCGCUGUGGACUGCGGCAAAGGGCACCUCUUCUGCUGGGAGUGCCUUGGAGAGGCCCACGAGCCAUGUGACUGUCAGAUGUGGAGGAACUGGCUCCAGAAAGUCACUGAGAUGAAGCCUGAGGAGCUUGCAGGUGUGAGUGAGGCUUUUGAAGAUGCUGCUAACUGCCUGUGGCUGUUGACCAACUCAAAACCCUGUGCCAACUGCAAGUCCCCCAUUCAGAAGAAUGAGGGCUGCAACCAUAUGCAGUGUGCCAAAUGUAAGUAUGAUUUCUGUUGGAUUUGUCUGGAAGAGUGGAAGAAGCACAGCUCGUCCACAGGAGGCUAUUAUCGCUGCACACGCUACGAAGUCAUUCAGCAGCUUGAGGAGCAGUCCAAGGAGAUGACUGUAGAAGCUGAAAAAAAGCACAAAAGCUUUCAGGAACUGGACCGAUUCAUGCAUUAUUACACUCGCUUUAAGAACCAUGAACACAGCUAUAAGUUGGAGCAGAGACUUUUAAAAACAGCAAAAGAAAAGAUGGAGCAACUAAGUAGAGCUUUUAUCUGCCGAGAGGGCACUCCUCCUGACACCAGGUUCAUAGAGGAAGGAGUGACAGAGCUGCUGAAGACGAGACGAGUGCUCAAGUGCUCAUAUCCGUAUGGCUUUUUUCUGCAGCAGGGAAGCACCCAGAAGGAAAUCUUUGAGCUCAUGCAGACUGAUUUGGAGAUGGUGGUUGAAGACUUGGCUCAGAAAGUCAACCGACCGUACCUGCGCACGCCCUGCCAUAAAAUUGUCAGUGCAACGCGUCUGGUACAGCAGAAGAGGCAGGAGUUUCUGGCAUCUGUGGCCCGAGGAGUGGCUCCAAAUGAUUCUCCUGAACCUCCACGCAGAAAUUACCCGGGAGCAUCGUGGGAUUGGGAAUACCUGGGUUUUGCCUCUCCUGAGAUGGGCAGUCGGCACUCAGUCUUGGGAGCAGGAGACCAAAGAGAUCGACAUUCACAGGAUUUUGCUGACAUUCAGUACCGGCGCAGACACCGGCCCCGCCGCAGAGGAGACAUGCUGAGUCUGCACAGCCUCCGAAGCAGCAGCAACACUCCAGAGACCAGCCGCAGGAGCGACAACACAGAUGGUUUGGAGAGAGGUGAAGGGCGCAGACGUGUGCUGGGAUCUCUGGAUGAAGACGACCCCAACAUCCUCUUGGCCAUCCAGCUGUCCCUGCAGGACACCCGCAGAGAGAGGGGUCUGGAGGAGAGGCCCCCAGAUCGAAGAGCCGCUUCUGCUGGAGAGUUGGUGGACCUUGCUCUACACUCCCUCAGCACAGAUGCACCUUUGGGUGCUUCUACAAAUGCACCUUUGGGCCCCAGAGGCUCAUCCUUCCCCUUGUCUCUCCUGGACCCUCCUCAGCCCCCCAACAGGACCGAUUCACAGCCCCCUGUCCCAAGCUCCAUCCCACUCCCUCCUCCUCCCCCCUCCCUGAGCGCAGAGCUGCUAGAGCUGGGAGAUAGCCUCUUAAAACUAACCAGUCUUUCCCAUUCCUAUGACCCCAACACACAGCGGCCAUGGGCGUGCUCUCAGUCCAUCUGUGGGCCUCCUUUCUCUAUGGAGGCAAAUCAUAGUGACCCCACCCACCGAGCUGAUCAGGACCACCUCAGUCUGACCGAACUCCACUAUUGCCCCUCUAGUGGUUACUCUGAGCCUGAGCAUAGUGCUCCCUCUGCACAGACGUCCACUCUCCUCGCCUCAUCUGCCCCGGACCACCUGCCCUUACAUGUCCCAAAGCUGGACAGCGCCUACUGCUCAGAGCCCCAGUCUGCCUCUGCCCCUCACUCAGAGCCCCAGCCGCCCACCCAGCUGUGCCUGCCUUCACCAGAGCCUGAACCAGAGCUGCUGCUCUCCCCAGUCAUUCCUCCGGGGGGCCCUUUCACCCCCAGUGACCCUGAGAGCCUCCAGGCUCUGGACCCCACUGCCAGUGCCCAGCUGUUGGACAACAUCAUGGCCUGGUUUAACAACAACAUCAACCCCCAGAACAACCCCCAGAGCCUGGCCCUGAUCCCCUCACCUCCCACUACGGAGACUGAUUCUUCUCCGGACACCCUCACAGAGACAGAGAGCGUGGCGUCCAGAGACACUGCACCUGUCCCGGCGCUCUGGCAGCCCCUGGAGGGUGAGCCAGUCCCUGGCACUGCCAGCCCUCGUCUGGAGCUGGAACACAGGGAGUCAGAGGGGAGUGCGGGGGGUACGCUGUCGCUGGACGAAGAGCACACACCCCCUCCCCCUCUGAGCUGUAGUCCCACUGCCCCACAGGAUGAGUCCUCACCGGAGGAGUGGGAAGAGCAGGUGCACCUAGUUUGACAAAAGCUGAGACAGGACGAUGUAGUUAUGUCAAAAGCACUGAUCACAAACCCCAGUGAAGCCUCUGAGUGGUUCAUGUAUUUUACUGUAAUAUCUAGAGAGGACUCGCUCUGCAUACUUUGUCCAAAUGAUGUCAUACUUUAUUUUUAAGUGCUUUUGUCUGUUGUAAAAACAGACAUUUUUGUUAAGUUAUACAGAUGAUUAGUUUAAUACAUACAUGAAAAAGCUACUGAUAUCAUGCACAUACAAUGCUGCAUAUGUUUUGUUUGUAAUAAUUUAUUCUCCAUAUUUAUCUUUGUAGUUCAGGGUAAAGUUGUGGUGCUGUCCCUGCUAAACUCCAAACUUGCCUCAUAAACACAAUUGUUCUGUUAGCGACACACUGAUACUGUUAGCCUGUGUGCAGCUCCUGGAGCCUGUUGAGCGUACUGUACAAUCAGGGCCUGAAAGUGUUUGGACCUUCCCCCUACUCUGUGCCUCAACACUGGACCAGAGGACCUGCUCCUCACAUUCAGAGCUGUUACUUUGAACAGGUCUGUGUGAAACAACACCUGAGGGAACGUGUUUCCAUGAAGGCUUCCUGUUUGGUCCAUCCUGCCACACUCCACAUGCCAGUAUUUAGAUUUCUGUGCUUCACUAAACUAUUGCUUUGGCUCAGUUUAAACCAAAACUAUAUUUCACAACACUACUCUUAGUUAAAAAUUUUGUUAGUUAUUUUUUUUCUGUGAUUUUUGAAACACAUUUCACUCUACUGUUGUACACUACUCUAUGAAAUACUGUGUAUAAUUCUGUACAUGUAUUUUGACUCAGUUUUGAGUACAACCGAUACAGUAUUUCUGUUUAUACUCAAGAUUGUGCAAUGACAAUAUUUAUGACAAUUAAACAAUUAUUGAGCCAAAGCAAUUUUUUAAAUUAUCAAUAGAAAGUCUAUGCUGACACAUUUCCAGUUUGUCCUGAUUUUAGUGAUAUUUCUACCACUACUGGCUGUUACUCUCGGUGAUGUUAAUAGUGUCAGUGAAUGAAGUUUUACACUAAUUAAUCUUUUUGUCUUAAUUUUUCAUGGCAAGAUGUAUGUCCAUGUGACAUCACAAUUAUGUGUGCCUUUAUUUUAAUUUGUGUAAUUAGUUAUUGAUUAGAGUCAUUUAGGCAUUUUACAUUUCUUGGUCUGGAAAACAUUACGUAAUUACAGAUUUUACAAAAAGUUAACGCUAUUCAAGAAAUAUAUUUUACUAUAAAUCUACCUUUAUGUACAGUAGUGUUAUCAGUCAUUUAGUUUCUGGGGUUGCCAUAUAAGGUUUACUUUCUAUCAACUACCUGUUUACAAAAAUAUUCAACACUGCCUGUAAGAAGGCUGAUGGUAAUACACUUGGCCAAAGGCAGUUUUGAUAUUAACAUUAUUAAUGUUUCACAAAUCCAUCAAUCAUUCCUAGUGUUAAGGUUUAGUGGUGUCAGGGCAGUUUAUUUAGUAAGGUGUUUACGGCAUGUUUUAAAGAGGGCCAGUGCUGAAGUCAUGGGCACUCAAGGUUUUAUCUUUUCUUUUCUUCAAUAAAAAAAUACACAAGUGCUGACACUUGACCCAGAGCAAGUUACUGCAGACAGGACAGAUCAACUUAAGCAUGCUCUUAACAUGUUCAAAUGUUAAAUGAUGUAUGGAUUACUGUUUUGAUGGGAUUUGGUCCAGUGCCAUUUAAUUUAUCUCAGAUCAAAUUGUUCAUUUGACUGAAUCUACAACCAACCAACAUGACAGAGAACUGCACUCUUGCAGAUCAUACUUGAUACAUUCCCUAUGGGUCUUGAGGCGCCUGAUAUGGCCAAUAAAUACUGUAAAUGAAAAAGUCAGUGCAAAGUUUACCCUCAAUAAAAUGGACUGGAAGUAU